AAUAGUGUAAAAGUCAAAUUUUACUUGAGACUUUAUCCACAACAACUCUUCCGACAUAUGUCAUAGACGAGAAUAUUGAAUGUUCAAAUAUCAAAAAAAUGAUCAUAUACAAAGGAAAAAAAAAACACAUAACAUUUCUUAGUUUCUACCAUGAGUUUGAGCAAGUGCAAUAAUUUAAUCUCAUUUUUGAAGUUCAUCACAUUAAUACUAUGUUGUUCUUUAUCAUACGUUGUUGCAACAAACUCGUCACAAAUCAUCAAAGACUCCGAAACUUUAACCUCAAACAGAGGAAAUUUCACCUUAGGAUUCUUCACCCCUCAAAAUUCCACAAACCGUUAUGUAGGAAUUUGGUGCAAAACUCAACACUUUGUUAUAUGGGUUGCUAAUAGAAAUCAACCAUUGAUCAAUGAUUCUUUAGGAGUUCUUACAAUAUAUAAUGAUGGCAAUCUUGUUGUAUUGAAUGGACAAAAAGAUGUUAUUUGGUCAACAAAUGUUUCCAAUAUUACAUUAGAAACCAAUUCUAGUUUCAGACUUUCUGAUUAUGGAAGCCUUGUUUUGAUGGAUACAACAGAAAAUACUAUAUGGGAGAGUUUCAAGAAUCCUUCAAAUGCAUUAUUACCAACCAUGAAAUUUACAAGUAACAUGAAACUCGCAUCGUGGAGAACCCCUUUUGAUCCGUCCAUCGGAAACUUCUCUAUAAGCAUCCAACGGUUGAAUAUUCCAGAACUUUUCAUUUGGAAUGAAACUCGGCCGUAUUGGAGAAGUGGUCCAUGGAACAAUCAAAUCUUUUUGGGGGUAGAGGACAUGACAACUCUUUAUCUUAAUGGUUUUCAUAUGGAGAAAGAUAGUACGGGAACUGUUGAUUUAUACUUCAGAACAGAUGACUAUGGACUCAUGAUGUAUGUCCUCAAUUCGACAGGUCAAUUGAAUGAAAUGUCUUGGAAUAUCGAGAAGGAGGCAUGGGAGGAUACAUGGACUAAUCAAAGAUCGGAUUGCGAUGUUUAUAGUUUUUGUGGUCCAUUUGGAUUUUGUAAUUCAAAAGGGUCACCAAUUUGUAGCUGUUUGGAAGGUUUUGAACCAAGUAACAAACAAGAGUGGAAUCAACAAAAUUGGACUAGUGGAUGUCUUAGGAAGACACUUUUGCAAUGUGAGAUUGCCAAAAAUCAAAACAAGAGUACAAAUGGUAAUGAAAGAGAUGGUUUUUUGAAAUUGAGCAAUGUAAAAGUGCCUGAUUUUGCAGAAUUGUCAUUUGUUGACCAAGAUGCAUGCAAAAAUCAGUGUUUGAUGAAUUGCUCUUGCACUGCAUAUUCAUAUGAUGCUGAUAUUCAUUGUAUGUCUUGGAAUGGAAAUCUAAUUGAUAUACAACAAUUCCAAACUGGAGGAACUGAUCUAUACAUUCGUGGACCCUAUGCCGAACAUGAUAUAUCAUCAGAUAAUGGGCACAAAAGAACAAUCAUCAUUACAGUUUCAGUAUUAAUAGGAACUGUCAUAAUUGCCAUUGCUGCAUAUUUGAUUUGGAAAAAGACUUCAAAUCCAGUGGGAAAUAUGAAGCAUGGAAUUUUUCACUUCAACAAAAUAGAAAAAGCUGAAGAAUACACUGACAAUGUAAUUGGAGAAUUGUCACAAGCUAAGCUACAAGAGCUGUUACUAUAUAAUUUUGAAAAGCUUGCAAUUGCUACAAACAACUUCCAUGAAUCCAACAAACUUGGACAAGGUGGUUUUGGUCCUGUAUACAAGGGAAUACUACAAGACGGCAAGGAAAUAGCGGUUAAAAGACUUUCUGUUUCAUCCGGACAAGGGCUAAAAGAAUUCAUGAAUGAAGUAGUAGUGAUUUCUAAGCUUCAGCACCGCAAUCUUGUAAGGCUUUUAGGUUGCUGUAUUGAAAGAGACGAAAAGAUGUUGAUGUACGAGUUCAUGCCAAAUAAAAGUUUGGAUGCAUAUGUAUUUGAUCCAUCAAGAAAUAAACUGUUGGAUUGGGAAAAACGCUUUAGCAUAAUUGAAGGAAUCGCUCGUGGAAUACUUUACCUACAUAGAGAUUCCAGGCUAAAAAUCAUACAUAGAGAUUUGAAGGCGAGCAACAUCUUGCUUGAUGAGGAGCUGAAUCCAAAAAUAUCUGACUUUGGUAUGGCUAGAAUCUUUGGAGUGAGUGAAGAUCGCGCCAAUACACAAAGGGUUGUUGGAACGUAUGGUUAUAUGGCUCCAGAAUAUGCAAUGCAUGGAGUAUUUUCGGAUAAAUCAGAUGUCUUCAGCUUUGGAGUUUUGCUAAUAGAGAUUGUUAGUGGAAGACGAAACUCAAGCUUUUAUGAAAGUGAAAAUUCUCUGACUCUCUUAGGAUUUGCCUGGAUUCAAUGGAAGGAAGACAACAUUUUAAGUUUAAUAGAACCAGAAAUAUAUGAUGAUAGUCAUCAUAAGAAUAUUUUGAGGUGCAUACAUAUAGGACUUCUAUGUGUACAAGAAGCAGCAACAGACAGACCUACCAUGGCUGCAGUGAUUACUAUGCUUAACAGUGAAACUAUCGACAUUCCACCUGCAAGACAACCUGCAUUCCUCUUGAGGCAGAAUAUGAUGAAUACAAUCUCUUCUGAAUCGUAUUCCAAUAAUGUUUUGAGUAUCACAGACCUUCAUGGAAGAUAGAAAAUUGUUGAAGCUUUGUGAAAACGAUACAACUCUAUAACUCGAGGGGGUAACUAGUUCUGUAAAUGGGGAACUCCACACACAAUUUUGACUAUCACAUGCGCGCGCCACUGUCUGGCUGAGCCGGGCAUGGGCCUUGUAUUAUCACUCAUUGAUAGUUAGUUACUAACUGACUGAGUUUUUUUUAUUUUUUUCUUCUUUGCUUUCUUCCAUACUAUGUAUAUAUAUAGAAUUCUUGAUCAAUGAAGAGUUUUGAGCUUAUUUCCUUUUCUACACACUUACAGAGAGAAACUUGCAAAUGAGUUUAAGGGAUGAUUUGUGUUAAAAUUAAUAGUUCAAC